AUGAAGUUCGCUGCUGCUCUCGCUUUCGCUGCUGGCGUUGCCGCCCACGCCAAGAACGUUACCUACACCACCGAGGUCGUUACUGCUUACACCACCUACUGCCCCGGUCCCACUGAGAUCGUUCACGGCGACAAGACUUACACCGUCACUGAGGCCACCACCCUGACCAUCACUGACUGCCCUUGCACCGUCACCAAGCCCGUCCUCACCACCUCCGCUGUUGUCUGCCACGACUGCCCUCAGCCUGGCAAGCCUACUGGCCACCCCGGUAAGCCCGGCCACCCCGGCCAGGGCCACAACUCUACCAUGGUCCCCGUCUACCCUACUGGCAAGCCCUCUCACGGUGGUGAGGGUGACCACCCCGCCGGCCCUGGUGCCACUCCUACCGCUGGCUCCCCCAGCGAGGUCCCCACUGCCGGUGCCGGCAAGGUCGCUGCCCUCUCCGGUGCCGGCCUCGCUGGUAUGGUCGCUCUCGCUGCUUUCCUGUAA